UGUUGGAGUCGUGCCUGGCCAUGCAAUCAUGAGUGAACAGGGAGUACAGGAGGGGACUGAGCACUCACCCCUGAGGGGUGAGGGGCCCCCGUGUUGAAGAUCAGCGUGGCGGAUGUGUUGUUACCUACCCUUACCACCUGGGGGGUGGCCCGUCAGGAAGUCCAUGAUCCAGUUGCAGAGGGAGGUGUUUAGCCCCAGGGUCCUUAGCUUAGUGAUGAGCUUUGAGGGCACAAGUAAAGUACUGUGUUUAAGUAAAAAUACUAAUUAUGUCCCAUUUGGAACACUGUCAAGUAGAGAAAAAAAUCUGAUUGGGUGGGCCUGGCACCCCAGUGGGCCCAGGCCCACCUGUGCCUAUGCCCCUGUAAGCACUAUUACUUAUUACUAUUAAUAUUCCUGUAAUAAUCCACCAAUUUAGAGGUCUCUGUUCCUCUUUCAUUAUCCGUGCUCAUUAUCUCAAAAAUAGCUCCUCUAUCUCUCCCUUACCUCAUUUUGGCUAACAGAUGCUCAACAUUCGAUGGUUGGCAUUUGGCAAUCUAUCCCCAUUCUUCCAGAUUAGCUGGAUGUUGAUGCUUUGCGGAUGUUAAGAGGAGGAUCUAGGAGGAUGAAGUGAUAUGAUGUAAAUAUUUGGAGUUAGCAGAUUGCAUGACAGUGAGGUUAAAACCACUGGCAUUUGGGAGACACUGGAAAAUAGGAUAGGUUUACAGGAGUACAAUAAAUAGUUUUGUUGUGCAGACUGGAAAGCAACUGAAAAUAUUGGCAUAUUUUAACCUCUUUUAUGAUCAAUGGUUUAAAUAAAUCCAUAGAAGCUAUCCAGAAAAGCAUAGCAGCUUCUAUACAAAUCAGUUCAGAAUAAGCAUGUGGAACAGACAUACAGUGAACUCCAAAAGUAUUGGGACAGUGACACAUUUUGUGUUGUUUUGUCGCUUUACUCCAGCACUUUGGACUAUGGGGUUAAAGUGCAGACUGUGAGUUUUAAUUUGAGGGUAUUUGUAUCCAUAUCGGGUGAACCGUUUAUAGAUUACAGCACUUUUUAUACAUCGUCCCCCCAUUUUUAGGAGCAUAAAGUAUUGGGACAAAUUCACUUCUAGGUGUAUUUAAGUAGUCAAAAGUGUAGUAUUUGGUCCCAUAUUCCUAGCACGCAAUGAUUACAUCAAGAUUGUGACUCUACACACUUGUUGGAUGCAUUUGCUGUUUGUUUUGGUUGUGUUACAGAUAUUUUUCUAUUGUGCCCAAUAGAAAUGUAUGGUAAAUAAUGUAUUGUGUCAUUUUGGAAUCACCUUUAUUGUAAAUAACAAUAGAAUGAGGUAUGAUAUUUGUGCAUCUGCAACUUUCUCACUCAUCAUUAUUCAUAAUUAAUUCAGGACUAUCAGUAAUCAUUGUAGAGUCAACAUUUAACGUAGAAGUGUUUAGAAACAAGUUUGUAGAGUCACAAGCUGGCUAGUUUAAUACACCUAUAAGUGAAUUUGUCCCAAUACUUUUGGUAUCAGUUCAAAUCCAAACUGCUGGAGUACAGAGCCAAAACAACAACACAAAUGUGUCGCUGUCCCAAUAGUUCUGAUCACUGCGUGUUGAAAUCUAUUCAUGUUGCCGUCGCAAUCUCCGUGCAAUUCCAUGGAAAACCCUUGAUGCAUACACUGAAUGUGGGCUACAGGCUUUUUAUUUUUAUCUGGGAGGGGGGGAAUCAUGUUUAGAAACUGUUGGUUGUAUUAUCCACACCCCGCCCUCCCCUGGCUCCAGUUUGUAGGUUACUGAAAGAUUUCAGCGACUACAGAUAAGAAGAUUACAGAGGAAUUAACGUCAUUCCUUUGUCAUUAUAUGAAUAUAUUGAUAUUUGAUUUUAAUCAGAGGGAGUGGAGAGAGGAGGGCAGGAACAACAGGAUGUGCCCUGAGUAGCAUAGAAACACGAGUCAGGGGAACUGGCACUAGGGCACGGGCAGGCGAAAACACAAGCUGGGGGAACAGUUUGUGGCACUGGAGCCGAUCAUUGGAUGCUUGGAUCAACGUGCAGCAUGUAACAGAGGGUUGGAUAACACCGAUCUUUCAGAGCUCUGCAUGUGUUUUUGGUGAGGUGUAUAUGGUUGCUGCUGGGAUAUGGAUGGGCCGCCGGAUGGGGACAGUAGUGGCGUCCCACUGACCUGGAGGAUUUCUGUGAGAUAGACUCAAGACGCAGUGGGAGCACCUCCUGGUUGCUUCUGCUCUUCCAGCCUCAGACAUGAACCUGGUGCUCCUGGCCUUCAGGCUGAUGUGCCUGGCCUGGCUGUGGCCUGUCACUCUGCACAACGGCAGCCACCAACCCAACAAGAGGAGGCACAAGGACGUGUACCUUGGGGAGAACAGCAAGAACCAACACGGAGGACGAAUAGACUAUAAGAUGAAAAAGUCUGACAGCACCAAGUCCCUGCUAAUUAAAUCUGAACAGCUGCUCCGUAUCGAGGACCAUGACUUUGCAAUGCGGCCUGGCUUUGGAGGGGCAGCUAUUCCUGUGGGCAUAGACGUGCAGGUGGAAAGCAUUGACAGUAUAUCUGAAGUCAACAUGGACUUCACCAUGACUCUGUACCUGAGACACUACUGGCAGGACGACCGGCUGGCCUUUCCUUCCAGCAGCAAAAAGAGCCGGACAUUUGACGCUCGGCUGGUGAAGAAGAUCUGGGUGCCGGAUGUGUUCUUUGUCCACUCCAAACGUUCCUUCAUCCAUGACACGACCAUGGAGAACAUCAUGCUGAGGGUGUACCCUGAUGGCAACAUUCUCUACAGUGUCAGGAUCACUGUGACUGCUCUUUGCGCCAUGGACUUCAGUAGUUUUCCUUUGGACACACAGAAAUGCUCUCUGGAACUGGAGAGCUAUGCGUACAAUGAGAACGACCUCAUGCUCUACUGGAAGAACGGGAACGAUUCAUUAAGGACUGAUGAGAUCGUUCUCUCGCAGUUUUUUAUUGAAGAAUUCCACCCUUCCUACGGGCUUGCCUUCUACAGCAGCACGGGUUGGUAUAACAGGCUCUACAUAAACUUCAUCCUCAGAAGGCACAUCUUCUUCUUCAUGCUGCAGACCUAUUUCCCCACCAUGCUGAUGGUGAUGCUCUCCUGGGUGUCCUUCUGGAUUGACAGGAGGGCUGUGCCUGCCAGAGUGUCACUGGGUAUCACAACAGUUCUGACCAUGUCCACCAUCAUCACAGGCGUGUCAGCCUCCAUGCCUCAGGUGUCUUAUGUAAAAGCUGUGGACAUCUACCUGUGGGCCAGCUUUCUGUUCGUCUUCCUGUCCGUCAUUGAGUACGCCGCUGUCAACUACUUCACCACUGUGGAGGAGAUGAAGAAGCUCAAAGGGGGAAAGAUCCCUGCAGAUUUCAAUGCCACUCAAACUAUGGCUUUUGACGGAUGUUACCAUGACAAUGACAUUGACCUGACACCCUUCCCAGAGCUCCCCAGCACCCCCAACACAGAGCGGAGUCGGACGGCCACGUCGAGGAACUCUGCUGCAGAGCCCCCACCCACAGAGGGCACCAGGCUACGACGCAAAAAAUCCAUCAAACACAACCUCAGCUUCAUCAUGAGUAACAGCUACAUGAUUGACUCCUACUCCAGAGUCGUCUUCCCCAUGACCUACCUGAUGUUCAACAUCAUCUACUGGAGCUUGUACUCAUGAGUGUGUACUCUACUAAUAAAUAUUGAUAGAACUACACUGCAGAACUACACUGCAGAACUACACUGCAGAACUACACUAGAGAACUAUACUGCAGAACUACACUGCAGAACUACUCUGAAAAACCAUACUAGAGAACCAUACUAGAGAACCAUACUACAUAACCAUAGAGCUAGAGAACUAUAUUCCAUAACUAUACUAGAUAACUACACUGCAUAACUAUACUAGAAAACUAUUCUACAGAACUAUACUACAGAACUACACUGCAUAACUGCACUACAUAGCUAUACUACAGAACUGUAUUGCAGAAUUAUACUGCAGAAUUAUACUACCAUACAUGAUCUAAUAGGUUAUUCACACUGACAACAGCAUCAUCAUCAAGCCGUUGUAUUCUGCCACCCAUUGGAUUAUGACCUUAACCAUUGGUGUCUACCAGAGUGCAUUGUGGGAGUUUUGGACUGUCAAGCCAAACUGAAGAAAAGAGACUAUUGAGUAAACCUGCUUUUUAUUAGAAAUCUGCAUUCAGAUGGGAAGUUGGUGGUAGUGUUCAUGGGAGUGUUUCUAUUGUGAUUAGGGUUGCAUACUGGUAAUUCACCAGAAAUGCCACAUUCAUUAACAGGUCAUCUAUGGCAAUGGUAACUUUGGUCAUUUAUACUUGAAUAACUUUUGAAAAAAUGUAGCCAUAUGUAGUAAUCAUUUUUUUCUUCAUAUAUAUGUGUCCAUAUUGUCCAUGAAUUUCUAGUGGAUAGACUAUGGUUCAAGAGAAAAUCGCCCAAUUUAAUUUUUAACAGCAUCUAAUCGACCAAUGACAUUCAUUUCAAUUAACUCUGAAACUCUGCAACUCUUCCAACAAUUGACUUUUUUCACAACUGCCACCAGUUUGGUGCCAAAAAAUCUACAAAUACAUAUUGAAAUAGUAAAAUAAAUAAAAGUGUGUAAAGAAAAUAUAAUGGAUAUUUGAUGCUGAAACUCUCAUAUUAAACACCAAUGGCAUUCAUUAAAUUGCUGGUUUAUAUUUAGGAUAAUGUUUUACAGAUUUGUAUAAUUUUAGAAUCAUCUUAUUUGAGUAUUUUAAAUGUUUUACAUGUCGUAAGGCCACACAGAUGGCCAGAGAUAAUGACAGACACCUGUGGUAAUCUGAAGUACCCAAAAAGGGCCACUAGAUGUCUUGUGAUAAAUUACAUUUAAUCCUUUAAAAAGUUACUAAAAAAAUGGUGGUAGUUUACUGGUCAACUUUGAAAGUUUCCAGUAAUAUACUCUCCGUUUGCAACCCGAACUGUAAUGGACAGUUGUUUUUUGUUCACUGGUUUAUACAUUUAGUUAAUGUGAGUAGUAUGAAUUUAAAUGUGCAUGAAAAUGAAUGUAUACAUGCAUGUGUCUGUCAAAUCAGUGAAUAUAAGUAAAAAUACUAUAUCAUAUUAGCUUAAAAUAAAACGUUUAUUUUAAUUUA